AUGGAUGCCGGUGUCGAUGGGAUCGAGAUCGAUGAUGACGAUGACGACGAUGUUGGCAUAUUCAGCAUCGCCAAUGACCGCCAAAGUGAGGACGAUGACACCCUCACUGGUGAAAACAACGUUCUCUCUGCGGAUCACAUGAAGAGCACUGCUGUUGACAAGGAUGAAUUAGCAGAAGAAAAUCUGCUGACUCGCGAAGCGGCUGUCCGCUUCGUUCAAGACUCUAUUGCAGAUGCACUCGACAGACAAAAAAGAAGCGCAGAAACACAUGGAAGAGACAUGUUGUUUCAUUUUAUGAAGGAGACCUAA